UUCUUCGUUGACGAACAAGCGCUCCAUACUUAGUCGGGCUCGUCGUCGGACGCCGUCCGCCGUUGUCAGCCCUGCGUGGUUGUUCUCGGGCAAGUAUUGAAGAAGGUUCGGACCCUAGGGCUUUGUCCACUGCCAAAAUCCUGUGAGAUUGAUUUGUUCGAUCUGGCUUUGAAUCUAGAUUUGAAUCUGGUCGUGUGAUCUUUCGGAUAUCGAUGUUUUUGAAUAAAGAUUCUUUCACUUUUUAAAAGAGAAAACUCUUGUUACCAGGUUCCCUAAGUGGCUUUCAGUUUUUGAUUGUUAAGAAUGGUACUGGUCUUGGCGCUGGGGGACUUGCACAUACCGCACAGGGCCCCUGAUCUGCCAGCGAAGUUCAAAUCCAUGCUUGUUCCUGGCAAGAUCCAGCACAUCAUUUGCACUGGCAAUUUAUGUAUCAAAGAAGUUCAUGACUAUUUGAAGACUCUGUGUCCUGAUUUGCAUAUAACUCGUGGAGAAUAUGAUGAAGAUACAAGAUAUCCAGAGACCAAAACACUAACUAUUGGUCAAUUUAAGCUGGGACUAUGCCAUGGCCAUCAGGUUAUUCCAUGGGGCGACCUAGACUCACUGGCAAUGCUUCAGAGACAGCUUGAUGUGGACAUCCUUGUCACAGGUCACACCCAUCAGUUCACCGCUUACAAACAUGAGGGUGGUGUCGUUAUAAAUCCAGGUUCUGCAACAGGUGCUUACAGCAGCAUCACUUACGACGUUAACCCAAGCUUUGUCCUCAUGGACAUUGAUGGCCUGCGUGUUGUGGUCUAUGUCUAUGAACUCAUUGAUGGAGAGGUGAAGGUUGACAAGAUUGAUUUUAAGAAAACAUCCUCAACCCACUCUGCUCAUUAGAAGAUUUGGAUCUUGUUUUGUCUUAGCCUCUUGUAUCCCUUUCCUUUCUCUUAAUUUUCUAUUUUUCAAUUUCUCAUAUUUUAACCUUGUAAUAGGGUUUUCUCUUUAGUUUUAUCUUGUUUUGAAAUAUGUAAUUGGCAGUAUCAUAUACUCGUAGGAUUUUGGGGGUUUAGUCAAAGUGUGUAUGUGGAACCUUUUUUUUUUUUUUUGUUUUAACCGGGUACAAACGCAUGUAAAAUGGCUACAUAUAUUGUGGGAACAAAAUGUCCUUUCGAAA